AACUCGAUAAUUGAUCUAUAUUACCCUUAAUUUCCUUCUCAUCAAGCAUAAAAAUGUUCUUUUUGGCCAUUCUCUUCCAUGGCGUUACCAUUUGUGCGGGACAUAUCGUAAGGGAUUAUAUACGACCUACAGGUGUGAAGCCCGCUGACUCUCCACCAUUUGCAUUCAACGGUGCAUUACUUAUCUUUGCAGUACCCUUUAUUUUGAUAACCACGCUCUGCAUUUUUGCCAUUUUGGGAUUAACAUUGCCUUACCAGAAAAUUUAUUAUGUGGAUACCAACAAUAACGUCCACGUCCAAAUAGAAAAUAUGGAAGAAGGGCGUGAUGUCCUCGUCGUGCCUCUUCGAGACCUCAUAAGAGACAACAAAAAUAUGGAAUAAAGUCGAAAUCUAUUGAUGGAGAACUCACUUUUUUUGGAUAGUUUGUAGUUGGGCAUAGCAAACACAGUGUAUUACACAAUGUAGUUUCUUUUGUUUUCAUAUUCUUUGUAUGAG